AUGUCAUAUAUUCGCACACUUGAAGUUGUUUACGACGAUAGAAGGGGUGCGGUUGAUGGGGAAGAUAUCAACAAGGGCUUCGGCGGAGAAUAUGUCUAUCUUCGGCCUCACUACACAUCCAACCGCGAUGAAGCCGCCUGUGGCUUUUCUCUAUAUACAACCUACGUCGAAGACCUGUGCGCAACCAGCAUAUCUAAAGGCGAUGGUCGCGAUCUCCAUCGGUAUAUCAAUGUAUACCACAAACUUGAUAACGAGAAGACGAGGGUCGUUAGAUCCGUGUACCUUCGGGAGAAAAAGAUGGGAGACGCUCAAACAGACGAUCUGAAUAGGGGGCGGAAGGGGCGAUACCUGUAUCUGUGCUGGAAAUAUGCGGACUAG